GAAAAAGGGAAACGGUGGCCGGUGAGCGGAGACGGGCGGAGCUGAGCUGAGCUGAGCUUUCGAGUCGAAGCGAAGCGAAACCGGAGGAGAUGGCGCUUCGCUGUCUCCAUCUCCCUCACGUCUUCUCGCGCUGUUCUACGUCGAGCUUGCCUUGCGCUUCUCAUGUGGAAUUGAUCAGAGGCCAUUUAUUUUGUCCGCUGAGAAGUUUCGCUGCUGUCAAGUCGCAAAAGCUUCAGCCGCAGAAGAAGAAAAAGAGACUCGAUGAAGUGUGUCUUGAAAGGUAUCAGCAAUACAGUCGAAACAUAAUACAGUCAUGGAUUCUCCAAGGAAAAGUUUUUGUGAAUGGGAAAGUGGUCAAUAAAGCAGGAGCACCUGUAUCAGAUCAAUCAAAUGUAGAGAUAAUAGCUGAAAUUCCGAAAUAUGUAUGUAGAGCAGGAUACAAGUUGGAAGCAGCCAUUGAACAAUUAGGUGUUGAUGUGGAAGGAAAAGUGGCUCUUGAUUCAGGACUGUCCACAGGAGGAUUUACAGAUUGCUUGCUUCAGUAUGGUGCAUCGUUUGUUUACGGAGUUGAUGUUGGUUACGGACAGGUAGCAGACAAGAUUCGUCGAGAUGAACGUGUCUCUGUAAUAGAACGGACGAAUUUGAGGUACCUUCCUGGGCUCCCCCAGAAGGUUGAUUUGGUGACUCUAGACCUAUCAUUCAUCUCAAUUCUAUUGGUCAUGCCAGCCGUUGUAAAUGUGAUGAAGGAAGAGGCCACAUUGGUUACCCUGGUCAAGCCUCAGUUUGAGGCCCGCAGAUCACAAGUGGGAGGCGGCGGUAUUGUAAGAGAUCCGCUUGUUCACCAAGAGGUUCUUGAAAAAAUUAUCAAUGGUGUGGAAAAUUUCGGGUUCCAGAAGAAAGGUUGGAUUGAAUCUCCUUUAAAGGGUGCCGAGGGCAAUACAGAGUUCUUAAUCUGCUUUAUCCGAACAGCCGAGAGAAAAGAAACGGACUCCUCUUAGAAAUUUUGUAUGCAUUUGCCUUUUCUGUCAAUUCUCAGUCGUUACGACAGGCAAGAUCAGAUAGAUGAACAUCUACAGAGAGAUGGAUUCCUCUCAUAAAGUUGGCUACUUGAUCUGGCACAAUACGCAUUAAUCGUUCGUUUGAGGCAAAAGAGUAGUUCAAACCAAAAUUUUGAUCUUGUUAAAAGAGUUACAUAUAUUGGUGUAGUAGUGUCCAAAGGAUUUUCGUUGUUCCAUAGAAA